CCCUCUCUCACUGGCUUCAUGGUCAUAGUCCCCACUCUUCUUAUUUCCCUCUCUCUUCUCAGGCCUGUCCUCGCAAACCCCAUCCUUGCUCCAUUUGACGACUGUUUUAUUGGCAACGCCACUCAGAAACUCAAUGUAUCCUCUGUCUACGCCCAGAUAACCACAACUGAGUCGCUUGGAAAUCAUUUGAACCUCACGGUCUUUGGGGAGUCGGCUCAGGAGAUCGUAGGGUACCAGAACGGCAGUAGUGACUUGUCAACUCUAUUCUCCUCGACGGAGACGCUAACAUUCAAUGUCUGGAACCACAACUCUUACUUUUGCACCACUUUGCGCCCGCCGUCACCAUUACCGUCGCCGGACCAACUCACCAAUACUUCCUGUCCCAUUCCAGCCGGUCCCUUCGCAUUUUCUGCUGCCAUCCCGCUCGGUCGAAGUCGCGAGCUAGCCACUCUCCAGACGCGCUUCAGAGCAGUCGAUCCAUUCACAAAUGAAAUUCUCUGUGUCGACAUCGCUACCACGCCUCUCGAUCCGGGCGCUAUAGGGUCUGUCUACGGCCGUGCUGCGAUCAUUUUCUGGUUCACCGUGGCCCUCGCUAUCGCAUAUUGGGUCAUCGUCGGCAUCGCGAGGAUCAGUACGGCUUGGGGCAGGCGGGCGGGUUGGUCAGGAAGAGGAUUCUUGGCAGGGCUGGAGAAUGCUGGCUUUGUUGUUGCCAGCGCCAUCAGCGGAGAGGGCCUGGCGAAGUCUCCCGCCUUGAUCAGAUACGCGACUCCCUCCAUGCGUGAUAUCUUUUUCCACACUCAAUGGUGUGCGGCGUUAGCUAUGAUCGCCGUUCAGUGGCCAAAUUUCAUCUACCCCUUGCUUUCACAAACGGCAUGGGCAGCCUUAUCGUACAAUAUCACUUUGACCCAAGAUGAUUCCCAGCAUCAUUGGAAUCCGGUCUCCGCGCCUUCGUUUCAGCCACCAUCUGACUUCGUAGAUCAAGUCAAUGAUCAGACGUCCCCUUUGUUCAUCGACACUACCGUCCCGAACAUUUUGUUUACACUGCCUAGCGAUGCAAAGCCUGGUCUGUCCUCUUUUGCUUAUGCGGUAGGCCUUCGCCCGCAAGACCUGUUUGGGGUUUGCAUGAUCUUAUUUUUGGCCAUCAUUGGAGGCACUAUCUUCCUGAGUUUGUUUGUUUGGGCAAUUGACAGCCUUGCUGCCCUGCUGCACAGGACGUUCAAUCGGGACCGCCAAGGUGCUCCAUUUGGUGCGCGAAGUCCUCGAUACUCUUCGGCGAGCAAGGACAUGUUGGACAACAUUGGUUCGUCACAAGGCAUGGUCCUAGGACGCUCGACUGCGUCUUUGGCGUCCAUCGUUCUGGCAGCGGUAUCAUUUGCGGCCUUUUCGGUCCUGAUACCGUUCCUCCUUAUCUUGCGGCUCUCCAUGACGCCCACCAGCAAGCUUUACGAUGAAACAUGGACCCUUCUGUCUCUCGGGCCCCUGUACAAUCAUUAUCGGCACGGCUCGCAGCUCUUCGCGUGUUUGUUCUUUGCGACCAGUCUGGCGUUCGGUGUCACCAUUGGAUGCGGGCAAAAAAGCGGGACCGCACAAGCGAUCAUCAUCCUGGUCGUCGAAGUGAUAUCUGCCCUGGUCACUAGUGUCUGGCUGCCUUGGGGUCACGGAGCAAGCAUGGGUCUCAUCAGUUUUCUGUUUUGCGUCGCUCGGAUUGUCAUUGCGGUGCUGCUGGUUUCGAUUGGGAACGAAGCCGGCCAAUGGGUCGCAUAUGUCAUCCUGACCAUCCUCGCCUUGGUUUAUCUGGCGUUCGUCCUGAUGCUCCUGUGCAAGUUGAUCGAGGCACUUGUGCGCAUAUUCGGCGGCGUUGGGUUCGACCGAAGUCGACAUGCUGUUGACGCUGGCCUCCUCGGCGCCUGCAGCCUCGCUGGAUGCUGUGGCUCUCGCAAGCACCGCACUCAUCGUCAUCGCUACAAGUCGUCCGAUCUGCCGCAGAGCGUGUCGCAGGCAACGUUUGCCAACUCGGGAACUCGUAAAGACGCCACCCCCACUCCUUCAGGACCACCGUCCGUACUACGCCCGGAGCACGCUCUCCGGCCAUACCGGGAGGAGAGCGACGACGAAAACGGAUACAUCAUGGGCGCGUGGCAACCCUUCCCUCGUCCAGGCUACAGCGCAGUCAACGACCAGGUCUCAACUCCUCCACUGGAGCCCCCAAAGUCUGGAUUUUCACGUGUCGGAGGCGGACGCGCGCAUUACGAUUCGCCGUAUGCCAUCGCCUCUGGAUCGACCCAGACGUUCCCGUCGGUCGAACGCAACUCGACCCCACAACGUAACUCUGUGGACUCGACGCAGUUCACGCCCCUGAAGAACACCGCGGAAAGGUCCUUCAGCACGCUCCCCCCAGGCGCCAUGGCCCCCCACGUUCGGAAGAAGUCGCAGUCUGCCGUCAUCGAAAACACCCCCGUCCUUGCCGGCACGUCAUCCUCGCGGGCUCAGGACGUCGACAGACCUGCGCGCCGCCAAUCCAUUCACCCCGAAGUCGUUAGUCCCCUCACGGACGACGAUGUUUCCGAAUACACGCAGCCGAAGAAGAAGCACUGGUUCCAGCGGCGCAAGCCGCGGCGUCACAGUGAUGGAGAUAGCACGCGGCCGUCCAGAGAGGGUAUCGCGCCUGCCCCAGAAGGCGGAGGCACCUCGUUCGUGGUCGUUCGGAACCGCCGAGUAUCGCAGCCCAUGGCUUCUAGCUCUCGGAUUGCGGCCGACGCUAGCGAGAUGGAGUCCGGGGCGGGUGCGUCCGAGCCGGCGGGGCCGCAGAAGUCUUUUGUAGUGAUUAGAGGAAAGGACACUCAAGGUGCAUGAUGUUUCUCGCCGGGUACUCAUCUUUUACUAUCAGUUACUUCAUAUACACGCUUUCGUUUCGUUGUGGAUCGGAACUAUCUUCUCGUUCAUGUCGGUAUGUCCUGGUUCUCCGCUUCGCCAUUGAGCUAGAAGCUCUUCCUCUUUUCUCUCGUGACAUCGCUUUCGUCUUCCCCCCCCUGGCUUCUGCCUUUUUUUUCUGAAUGAACACGGACGCUCGCGAACACUGUUAUCCCCAACGCUCUGCACAAGUAAACCGAUAGUAGCACAUUUGUAUUCAUACAACUAAUCUAUGUCACCGUCAGUUAGUCCUCAGUUCGUGUCCCGGUCCAUGCCCGAUGGUCCACCGACCCAAAAAAUCCGCCAGUCGUCGCCUCCCCUGUCCUGCCACCCGUAAACCCCCUCUUCCGCAUGCAUCCGCGCCAUGAGCUCCUCCGUGUCCAAGCUGUCGAACGACGCCGUGGACGCCGCGCUGCGCGUGGAGUAAGAGCGGCUCAGCGGCGCGUCGUACGGCCGGUGCCAGUGCCCGCCGCCGCACAGGAAGCCCGUGUCGCCGCCGAACGCGGUCUGGCAGCGCACGGGCUCCUCCGCGCGGCCCUUCUGCUUCGCGUCGGCGAGGAACGCGAGCGAGACCUCCUGCGCCUCCAGCCCGUCCUCGCCGAACGCGACGAGCUGCAGGUACGGCCGUGCGCCGGGGGCGCGCGCGCGCACGACGCGCGGGGCGACGUGCGUCGGGUGCGACUGCCACGUGAGCACGAGCAGCGGCGGCUGCGCGGCGACGUGCGCGGGGAGCGGGGACGGGACGAUGUGCGACUGCUUGCCGCGCGUGAGGAUGUACACCGUCUGGGAGAGCUCGCGGCGGCCCACGGCGAGGGGGAGGUCGCACUUGGCGGGCGGCGCCCAGAGGCCCUUGCUCUCCUUCGUGAACCCGAAUCCGUCGUACGACG